ACCUCACCAGCAUUCAACCCCGACUUUCCCUCUUUUCAGAAACUACACAUGCCUGUAGCACAGAAGCGCUUCACGCUGUACGAUCUAGAGGGGAGAACCCGCCCUUGGUCGCCCCAUGCAUUCAUCGUGCGCAUGAUCCUCAAUUACAAGGGGGUCCCGUACGAAACCAUAUACAUCAGUUUUCCGGAUAUCAGGCCUACCAUCCAGAAAUUGGAUCCCAACCAUGAGCAGUACACGAUACCUUUCCUCGUCGAUCACUACAAAAGGGUCACCGUGGUGGAUUCCGUAGAAAUAGCGGGUUACUUGGAAGCACAGUGUCCGAUGACACCCUCGGUUCUCCCGGGAGGCAUUCAGCCGCUCUGUUCUUUUUGGUACAAGGAUUUUUUGCACCCGAAGGUGUUGGUACCGAUGUUGAAGCUUCUACUCGCUCCCGUAUGCAACGGCGUCCUAGACCACCGAGGGGCGGAGUACUGGCGAAGGACAAGGGAGAAGCGCUUCGGCAUGCGCCUCGAGGAAAUGGCCGGUACAGAGGAAAGGUGGACGCAGCUCUGGGAGACUAUUGAUCCCGAAUUGCAGCGGAUAGGCAGAGCGCUGAGGUCGAACAAACACUGCUACCUGCUUGGCAGUACCCCAUCCUAUCCCGAUUUCUCGUUUUGCGCGGCGUUAGCAUGGGCUCAGGUGGCAGAUGAACGUCUCUUCAAGAAGAUCCUUGCCGCCCACCCGGCGAUAUGGCAGCUUUGGCAGAAGCUCUCCAUUUACACGGGCGGUCCAUAACAGACCGGGGAUGACCACAUGCCACACCAUCAUAUCGAGAAAGUGCUUGUAGAAGCGCCUUAGUACCGCGGAGCUGUAAUUUUGUAUCCGUAUCUUUCCUAUCAUCCCGC